AGUUCCGACGCGAAAUUCUUAACUUCGUAACUGAUCUUAACUGAACAAAGCUAUCUCUCUCCGCGAGGCCCGAAAAGGUGGCGAAGAAGAAGAGGACGUCACACACUAUGGGCAACGCCGUGGGAUCUGGCGGAGAAGACAACGUCGAAUCCGGGACGAAGCGGCUGAUCACCGCUGCAGUCGACCCUGGGCAGGUCGACGCGUUGGGGACAGCCGACGACGAUGACGACGAGUGCUGCAGGAGGCGGUGUCGCCAUCACUUUCAUCAUCGACAUACCGACUGUCAGGACGGCCGGCCCUCAGCGCCCACGAACACGGAGACUGGCCAAGAGGCCAUGAUCGGUGCGUACCGAUCGGCCUCUCGACCCGUGGCCACGGCGGGCCCGUCACGUUCCCGCGUGCAGCCGGUGUCCGUGCUUUAUCCUCCCGCGCCGCUGGGCGGUCGGCGGACGCUGUCUCCCGUGCACUACGCCCAUGCCGCCUCGGAUGAGUGUCCCAUGCUGCCUGCUAGCGGUCCCGUGGCCACGUGGUGCCGGCACCACAUCCAGGAGGUAAGGGCAGAUAGACGUGGCCUCUGUGCCCGCUAUAACCCCCAUAGCUGA